UGUACGUGUAGUGGUGCGCCCGUUGCUGCGGAUUUGUGUUUGAGUACGGAUAAUGACUACAUUUUUUUUUCUGUUCGUGUUCAUGGUGUUUGAAGUUAAUUUCGGAAAACAUCAAGUUUCAAGGUAUGAAGAGUGUAGAUGUCGUAUUACAAUGCCUACUAUCAUAUAGCAACAACUAAUCAAGACUGCAGCUUGAAAAACAGCCUCAACCAGGAGUUGAAGGUCAUCUUCAUUAUGAAGAAACUCUGGAGAAACUGUGGAAGUCACCCCUGGUGGUGUUUCUGGAUUGCAAUCUUGUCAUUCUGUAUUAGUGGAGUCCUGACGUCUAAGCUUGACAAUGGUUACAAAGUGUUUGAAGACGUCCAUUCUGAGCAAUUCAGUCAUAUGGCAGUGUAUUCCAUUACUGGUAAAGUGUAUGUUGGUGGUGUAAACAAAAUUUACCAGCUGACACCCAUGUUGACAUUAGAGGCAACAGUUGUAAUGGGUCCACAAGAGGACAGUGAUGAGUGUCCUGUUACUCGCAUUUGUCCUCAGGUGCCUAAGAAGCUGAUGAACUAUUAUAACAAAGCUUUGCUGAUUGAUUAUGCUCAGAGUAGAUUGAUAGCUUGUGGUAGUUUGUUUCAAGGAGUCUGCACUGUGCAUAAAUUGACCAAUGUGUCUGACUAUAAGACUCCAGCCAAUGAAUCUGUGGUGGCUAACAAUGCCACAGCAUCAACAGUAGCAUUUAUAGGAAAAUUCAAACGUCCUGAGGAUGCUUCUUGGCGCCAAGUACUAUAUGUUGGAGUGACCUACACAGGGAAUGGACCCUAUCGUUCUGAUGUGCCUGCUGUGAGUAGUCGUAGUUUGAACCGUAACACAAUGUUCAGCAUAGCAGAAUCACAGGUAACCACAGGCACUAAGGUCAAUGUAAACAGCUUAGCUCGAUCCAUCUAUCCCAUUACUUAUGUUUAUGGUUUUGCCAACAAGGGUUUCUCAUAUUUUGUCACAGUGCAGAAAGAGAGUACUGACCGUCCCGAACCCUAUAUCUCCAAACUCGUCCGUAUUUGCCAGGGUGAUCCUGACUACUAUUCCUACACUGAAGUCCCUUUAAAGUGUCGGUCUCAUGAUGGCACUGACUACAACCUAGCUCAGGCAGCUUUUGUGGGUAGACCUGGAUCUGAUUUGGCAGUGUCCCUUGGCAUCACAGCCCAGGACAAAGUGUUGUUCGUUGUGUUUGCUAGAUCCAAUGAUGAAGCUGAUGUUUAUGAUAAACCUUCACAGAACUCCGCCCUAUGUGUAUAUGCUCUCUCUGCUGUCCAUCGAAAAUUCAUCCAAAAUAUCCAGCAUUGUUUCAAUGGUAAUGGAGAUAGAGGAUUGGAUUUCAUCAACCCUAGCCAACGUUGUAUACCAACACAAGUUCAAAUCAAUGAUGACUUUUGUGGAACAAAUGUUAACACGCCACUUGGAGGUACUAUGCCAGUUGAAUCUGCUCCGGUUUUGACUUAUUCUGGGACAUUAUUGACAUCUGUAGCAGCUACUUCCACACAUGACUAUACCGUGGCAUUUCUAGGGACAUCUUCUGGUCACUUGAAAAAGGCUACUGUGGAUUCUGUAGUACGUGCUUUUGAAUACAGUGACAUGCCUAUUGAUGAAGGCUCCCCAGUCAAUCCAGAUAUGCUAUUUGAUCCAAGCAGAAAUCAUAUAUACAUCAUGACAGAGAAACGGGUUACCAUGGUUACUGUUCAGGAGUGUCGUUUAUACAAAACUUGUGAUGAGUGUCUUGGAGCUCAAGAUCCAUAUUGUGGUUGGUGUUCUCUAGAAAACAAGUGUAGUCUAAGAGGUGAAUGUGCUCAAGCAGCUGAGGAUCCACUUUACUGGUUGUCUUAUAAGAGUGGCAAGUGUACCACCAUCACUAGGGUAGAACCACCCCAAAUACAGAAAACAACAGCUCGUAUUCUGACUUUGGAAAUUGAUAAUCUGCCUGUCUUGGAAGGUCAGUUUCUUUGUGCCUUCACAGCAGACAGAAAGACCUUAGUCACCAAUGCUACUCGGACUACAAAAGGAGUAAAUUGCCCUACACCUCACACAGACUCUCUUUUAGCCAUUCCUCCAGGCAAACAUCAUUUUACUGCUAAGCUGUCUGUAAGAAUGAAAGGUGGCCCUGACUUUGUAGCUACAAACUUUACUUUUUAUGACUGCAGUACCUACACCUCGUGCACUCAGUGUGUUUCCAGUCGCUUUCCUUGUGAUUGGUGUGUUGAUGGUCACAGGUGUACCCACGAUACUGGUGAAAAUUGCCGUAAUGACAUACUUGUGACUGGAUUGGCAAGUAUUGGACCAAGCAUCCGCUCUGGUCCAGGUUUCUGUCCACGGAUCAACACUACAUCUGGAGGAUCCACAGAGAUACUUGUGCCCAUGGGAAUCAGCAAGAAAAUUCAUGCUAGAGUAGAAAAUAUUCAGCAAUUCACCCCGUCUACAAGGUUUGUCUGCCAGUUUAACAUUGAAGGAAGAGUGAGGCAAGUAAAGGCCCAGCUAUUAGGAGAUAUAAUUUAUUGUCAGUAUAUGAAUUUCACGUAUGGAACUCCUGCUCCAAACAUCACAGCCACAUUUGCUGUAAUCUGGGAGGGAACCAAACCUUUAGAUAAUCCUGAAAAUAUUCAUGUAUUAGUGUAUCGGUGUGAAGGUAUGGCAGACAAUUGUGGGAUGUGUCUUGAGCUACUUGAAAAGUACAGUUGUGGCUGGUGUCAGGCUUCUAAAUCCUGUCAAGUUUACGAUCGAUGUCAGCAGAAUGCCACUAUGUGGUUAGAAAGAAAACAGACUUGUCCCAAUCCUAAAAUCAAGAGGUUCUCCCCUACAUCUGGCCCCCUGGAAGGAGGAACAGAGAUCACUGUUCAUGGCAUCAAUCUAGGGAGGAUCUUUGGAGAUAUUGAUGGUGGUGUAACAAUAAAAGUAACUGAUCAAAAGUAUGGUCGUAUUGAUAUCCCUUGCAAGCCUAUUAAGGAGAAAUACAUCAAAACAAGAGAAUUAGUUUGUGAAGUAGAGAGUCCAGUAAAUUUAACAUCAUCGCAUGGGUCUCAGCUAUCAGGUCCAAUUGUUGUGAAAAUUCAGCAUGAAUUUACAGCAACAUCUCUUGGGAGAUAUUCGUUUGUUAAUCCAGCAAUUGCUUCCAUCUCGCCUAGUAAGGGUCCACAGUCUGGUGGUACUCUUCUCAAAAUAUGGGGACUUCAUAUGGAUGCUGGCAGUCAUGCAGAAGUGUGGAUAGGAGGGUUGAAAUGCCCGGUGUUAAGGGUGAAUGUGGCUUCCCUCAUUAUGGUAACCCUCCAGGGAAAGAUGGAGUACUGCUCAGACAUAUUAAAGACAUUGUUGGCUGAAUUGAUAGAAAAGUGUAUUGAAGGAAGAGGUCAUCCAAAGCUAUUGUUCAGAAGAGCGGAGUCAGUGGCAGAGAAGAUGUUGGCCUCAUGGUUUACAUUUCUUUUGUAUAAAUUUCUAAGAGAGUGUGCAGGAGAGUCCUUAUUUCUCCUUUAUCGAGCCAUUAAACAGCAGGUGGACAAAGGUCCUGUUGAUGCCAUCACCAGUGAAGCUCGAUAUUCUCUUUCUGAAGAAAAGUUGAUACGUCAGUCCAUAGAAUAUAAAUGUCUGACUGUGUUUGUGUCCCUCUCACCUCAGACGGUAUAUGUGGCUGGAUUGGAGCCUCCAGGUGAGAAUAUUGAAACUCCAGUGAAGGUCUUAGACUGUGAUACAAUUUCACAAGUUAAAGAAAAAGCCUUGGAUGCAAUUUACAAAAGCACUCCCUACUCUCAGAGGCCAAGUAAAGAUGAUCUGGAUCUAGAAUGGAGAACUGGCACGCGUGGAAGACUCACUCUGUCUGAUGAGGAUUCAACAUCGAGGCUGGAAAAUGAAUGGAAACGAUUAAACACACUCAGCCACUACAAGGUGCCAGAUGGAGCUGUUCUCACGCUUAUUCCAAAACAAGCUUCCUUGUACAAUCUUUCUAUCAUGACUGACAGAAAUGAUAGAUCUCAUAAAUAUGAAACGUUAAACUUUCCUCUACGAACUAGUCCUCCUCACAGUCGUGCAACAUCCCCUCUUGAUCACGAUCCAGAAACAGGAUACAAACUCUGGCACUUAGUUAAACAUCAUAGUACAGAACCUAAGGAAGGGGACAGGGGGCACAAAAUGGUGUCUGAGAUUUACCUUACUCGUCUCCUGGCUACUAAGGGCACAUUGCAAAAAUUUGUUGAUGAUCUGUUUGAGACCAUCUUCAGCACAGCUCACAGAGGAAGCACACUGCCAAUUGCCAUAAAGUACAUGUUUGACUUCUUGGAUGAUCAAGCACUAGACCAUGGGAUAUCUGAUGAUGAAGUUGUACACACGUGGAAGUCCAACAGUCUUCCACUGAGAUUUUGGGUAAAUCUGCUGAAGAAUCCAAACUUUGUUUUUGACAUUCCUCGUUCAAACAUAGUUGACUCUUGCCUGUCUGUAGUGGCUCAAACUUUUAUGGAUGCAUGCUCGACUUCUGACCACCGGCUAGGCAAGGAUUCCCCCAGCAGCAAGCUUCUUUAUGCCAAAGACAUUCCUAUGUACAAAGAUUGGGUGGAAAGAUAUUACAAAGAUAUAAAAAAGAUGUCUGCAAUUAGUGAUCAGGAUAUGAAUGCCAUGUUAGCAGAAGAGUCAAGGCAACAUGCCCACGAGUUCAACACUAACGUGGCUCUUUAUGAACUUUAUACAUAUGCCAUCAAGUACAAUGAGCAGCUUAUGAUAACAUUAGAAGAAGAUGAGUUUUCCAAGAAGAAUCGUUUGGCGUGGAAAUUGGAACAAGUGCACAUAAUCAUGAAUGGUGAGGCUGAUGCCUGACUGGUAUGUUGGCAAACUGUUGAUGCAUGACAGCUUGUCAUCUCAGGUUUCUAGGUUAUAAGAUGGAGAUGCAAACAGUGGUUUUGUGUUCAAUGUUUGUACCAAGGCUCAGAGCUGCUCACAGUGGCUGGACCUAUGCAAUGAACCACAGUGUGGUACACAUUUUAGCAAUAGUGAACUUUGGUGUGUGUCUACUUUACAGGAGCCAGUGUUACAGUAUGAAGAAUAAUAUCUAUAACAAAUCUCUUGUAAAUUGUUCCAGUAUGAAUAUUAUUAAUUAGUCUGUGCGGGAUCCCACUUGUUAAAAUGAUAAGCAUCAUUUCUAGAAGGCAUGUCUACGCAGUGAUCGAUGUGCAGGAGCAAUUUGCAAAUUUGAUAAUACAUUGGUUUAUAGGAACUUUGAUAAAAUAAUGUUUGUAGAAAAAAGCUGUCAUCAUAGUAUUGAAUGUAUAACAGUCUGAUUGGUGUUAGAAUUGUAAACUGUUUUUAGAAGAGUUGUCAUCCUAGUAAUGAUUACACCCACAGUUUGUAUGGAUAUCUUAAUGUUUUUGAAGUGAAAGGUGUAAUGAGAAGAUACAUGUCAUCUCAUUGACGGAUAUGAUAUAUAUAUGUGUGUGUGUGUGUGUGUGUGUGUGAGGAGCUUGGGAUUAUGCUUAUAAACAGUGUCUGUGGAAGAUGGACAUUCAGCAGUAUGAAUAGAAAGCUUGGUUCUAGAAGAACUCCAUCCUUAAUCACGGUGGUAACCGACCAACAGUGUGCUCAUCUAGAAACAAGUCAACAAACUGUUGUUCACCUUUCAGAUUUGCAAACGUUCCAUUGUCUGACUGAGAAACUGUUCAGGUUUUUUCUCUUGCUUAAUUUCGGUGGACCAUUACCUGGGUGACAACUAUCAUUUUCCUGGAUAUUUAGCGCUGGACAAAAAGCAACAACAGAGGACGAAAAUCAAGAGUGAAGAGUUAACAUUCCCUGUUCAUAACGUUUAAUAACAUGAGUAUUUAUCUGACAAUAGAAACUGGGAUUCCGUGAUAAAUGAAUCUUUUCAUCAGUGUACUGAAAGGAACUUAUUGAUAUUAAUCUUACAUUAUUGUUAUCUCUACUAUGAUUAGUUCAGGUUUUUAGAAAGCAUCAGGAAAGUGUAGAUGUUUUUUUCCACUGUUAACAGUUCUAGAAACUUGUGUACUAUUAGUACACGCUUCUAAUCUUCCAUACAGGUCCAUCAAAAACUACUAAUGGCAACUGGCUUUGUUUUUCAACCAUUGCAGAUUCCUUUGUCCUUAUCAGGUCAUCGUCGUAUCAGAAUUAACAAGAAGGAAUCCUCAAUAGCCAUGGCUGUAAUUAGAUCUCAAAUUGGUCAAGAGAUGGAACUAUAAGCUAAAAGUUUGUACUUGAAAAAUAAAGUGGAGCCAUUCUGUAAGCUGAUAUGCUGUGGAUAAAAAAAUGAUAAUCUGUUACAUGUGAACGAUUAAGAAUAUUUCAUCCCAGGCAUGGGGACAAAACUUCAUACUUUGACUAGCAUUUCAGUGGGGGUAAACUCUGGUAGCAAAACUGCUGCCAUUAACAGUCACUUUUAACAAAAGUGUAAAUAGAAUAGGCAAUUCUUUUUCUUUAUAUAAAAGGCAUCAAUAUCUGUAUUGGAUGAAAUUGGGUUUCUUACUUUCUUUACUGGUUUGUAGUAAUGGCAAAAGUUUGAAUUAUGAUUUUUUUUCUCAGUCAGUCAGCAUUGGUUCUUUUAUUAGAAUUCAAACAACCAUACUUAUGAGCUACUAUGGCUUGUUGUGAAAAACUCAUUGAAUGCUGGAUGUUAUACUUUAUGGAAUUUGUUGGUGAAUUCAGUAAUCAUACUUAAAUUCUUUUGCAAUUUAAAUGUUGAGAAUGGAUUUGAGGUUAUGGUGCAUAACUGAAUGUAAAGAAUGGGGCAGUAACUAUCUAUUGUAGAUUGUUGUGCAGCUGAAUGUAUAUUGUUUCUGUAGCAGUCCACAUUGGAUUUCUAUUGCAUUUUGAUUUAUAAAAAUAGAGAUAUCUAUAGUAGCUCAUCCUGGAUUGCUAUGGCAGCUGGAUGCAAGAAAACAAUCAUUUUUAGCAGUUCAUGAUAGCCUGGCAUCUGGAUGUAUUAAAUAUAUGCAGUUGCAGAAAAUGAAUGUGAAAAAUAAUUUUUGGCAGUCUAUUAUGAAGUACUGUAGGAUCUCAGUCUCAAAAUAUUUUAUAGCAGUUUUUGAUAGCCUGGUAGCAGAUGAAUGUAAAAUUUCAUUCUUUAGCAGUCCACCAUGAAUUGUUGGGUGUAAAGAAAUUAUAGCAGCCCAUCAUUGUCUGAUUCUGUAGCUAUCCACUGUACUGUUGUGGCACUUUGAUGUGAAGAUGGUGUCUGUAACUGUUCACCAUAGGCUGUUGUUGAAGCUGGGUUUAAAGAAUUUGAUUAUAUGUAUCCAUCGUGAACUGCUUCGGUAUGAACUGUUAUGGCAACUUGAUUAAAAGCUUAUUUUUAUAGUAGUCCAUCAUGGCCUGUUACAGCAGCUGGGUGAGAAAGAUUAUAGUUCAAUAUCAUGGUUGAUUUGUAGCAGCUGAACAUAAGUAAUUAUAACUAUAACAUGGGCUGUUACAGCAGCUGGGUGAGAAAGAUUAUAGUCCUAUGUCAUCACUGAUUGUAGCAGCUGAACAUAAGUAAUUAUAACUAUAACAUGGGCUGUUACAGCAGCUGGGUGAGAAAGAUUAUAGUCCUAUGUCAUCGCUGAUUGUAGCAGCUGAA